GUCAGCUAUGCGCGGUACCAUGCCUCAUUUAACCUUCUGGCACAGUGAUUUCAAGAGUCAAAAUAUGAGAGGUUAUGAAGGAUUUAAAGUUUUACCUUCAUGGAUGUAUCCUGAGUCCAUUCUACCACCUUCAAUAAUAUCACUCAUAAGCUCAUCAACAUCAGACGGAGAAUUGGAGUUCUUGAGGAAACGACAAGUAGCUUGGGAAGAAUCCUUUCGGGACCUCUAUAACAUGUUUCGAAAGAACAUUUGUGGCCUUUUUUAUGUUUGUACUGCCCGGUUUGUGGUGAUGUUCACUGGUGGCGAUGGCUCUGGGGAAUCUAAAUGUUCAUGCAAUGCUUAUAUCUCUCAGUCAAC